AUGGGACUUGAAGAUCUUAUCGCGAGGCUAAGGAUUGAGGAAGACAAUCUUGGUUCUGAAAAGAAAAUCGGUGGUACCUCCAUGAUGGCUAAAGCACAUGUAGUGGAGGAUGGGCCAAAGAAAAGAAAAAGAGGAAGCACUCAAGGGAAGGCUCUCGCCAAGGGAACUCAAAGAAGAACAAAGGGUUCAAGGGAAAAUGCUUUAACUGCAACAAGCAUGGUCAUAGAGCUGCGAACUGUCAAAGCAAGGGAAAACCACAGAAGUUCACAUGAACGACGAGGAGAAAUUGUCGAAUGA